AUCCUUGGAACCCCAGUUUCGGCGCGCCAAGAGAUCGGGUUUCGAGUGACAUGACUCGCCAUGCGCUGGGCGUGGGCAUCGCUCUUGCCGCUGGGCGCCGCGGAUUGGCAGCUGGCAGCAUGUCCGCCUCUGCCGGACUUGGGGGACAUGGACCUCACGCUGAGCGUGAUGUCCUGUGUCCUCGGCAACCAGAAGCACGCCUCAGCGCACUUCUACAUUCGUCAGUGGUACCGCCACAUUGAGGAGCUCAGCAUGAAGGCCUUCCGGUGCCAGUUGUCCCCGAGUGUCCAGGGUGUGUUGGACAUCCUGGAGUCCAUGGACCGGGCCCUGUGCCUGGUGAAGUUCAAGGACUGCUUCGAGCUCCUGGACCGCUAUGAGAAGGCUGUGGAGCGCGUGUGCCUGCAGAUGGAGGGAUCCAUCAUCGACUGCUCCGUCAUGCAGGAGCUGCGGCAGGUGCCGUACGAGGCCUUCCAGACCUUGGAGCAGACGUUGGCAGAUUGUCAGCCCCUGGUUGACCCAUUCUGGGAAACUCUCACCUCGCGCCCUCAAGGUGUGGUGUGGAGUUUUGGAGCCCACCAUGCGCCCAAGUCCUGCGAAGCCGAUGGCCCAGAUCUGGCAUCCAACCUGCUCUGCAACGGCUGGUCCGGCAUCUUGGUGGAAGGACACCGGCAGCGGCGCCGGGUGCUACAGGAGCACUUCGCCCAUCGGAGGGACCUGGUGAUUCUUUCCCAGCUGGCCGUGCCUGAGACCGUGGGCGCUUUGCUGGAGGAUGCUAACUGGAAUAACCCCAUCCUUCGAGAUCUGGAGGUGGACCUGCUACAGAUCACCUUCGGCGUCAACGACUGCGAGAUCUUGCGGGGCAUCCUGGAAGGCGGCUUCCGGCCCCGUGCGGUGCGUGCCAUCUUCUGGCAUGUGGUGCCACCGCCCUUGGUGUACCGCCCCAGAACCAUGCGGCAGCUGGGGGACUGGUACGAGGAUGCCUUUGAGGAUGAUCUCAAGGAGUGUGUCAAUGCCCAUGGAGAGAUUCCCGGCUUCAAGUUCAGAUUGCGCUUCGUAGGGCGAUUGCGAGAAGGCCAACUUUCUGCGCCGGGACCUCGCAGACGGCGAACUCAGCGGCGAAGCCUUGGAUGCGCGCUGGGCGCGUAG